AACCAACCCAAACAUAGCGAGCGUUGACGACAUGCGGCCGCCGCCAUCUUGACUGCGGCGUCGUCGGUCAUUUCACUUCCAGGCACUGCAUCAUGAACACGAUCUUCACCCAGUGCGAGGCGUCGCAAGAAUCGGCACGUGCCAGCAGUCCAUACCAUCCCGUGUUCACUUGCGAAGUGUGCAAGAUCAGCAUGCGUUCCGCCAAAAAACUGGAAGAUCACGUAAAUCACUCGCCCCUUCAUCGAGCGGCACUUAACGAAUCGGACCCCGCUUUCAAGAUGGAAAUGAGUGGACGCUUGUCCAGCGAAUCCGACCGUCCGUGUAGCCCUUGCCGCCAACGACUCAUCUACGACGGCACCAAGUUGUUCUGGCGCGUCAACGAGACCCUCGAGCUGCAUAUAUACGAAGCUGUCAACGCCAACCUCGUCACGGUCAUCGGCCAAAUCGCCCAGCAAAAAAAGAAACUGCCGCCCCUUGUCUUGGACUUGGCCAUCCUCCAGGCAGUGACGUCCCCCGAGGGCAUCAAGGCGUCCUCUGAUGCGAACCAAGCGUCUUCUCAGCGAGAUGCGAUUGUCAAGUUCAUUUUGGCGCGGCUUCAAGCCGUGAAAGAUGGGAACGACGGGUCUCUGUCGCUGUAUCUUCAAAAGCAAAAUGGAGACAAGGUCGACCCGACGCGCACUGUCAACGACCUACCGGCGCAAGUGGUGUCGGACACUGCCCCUCGUCGCCGCCACACGUACGAAGAUGCGUGCGUCGUGCAGAACGAAGUCCAGAGCCACACGAAAGCACUCAAGUCGUCGCGGCAAACGGCCGAGCGAUGCCAUGACAUGGCGCGCCUCUCCCUCAACGCCUUCAUCGACUUGGAAGAGGUCGUGAAGGCCCGGCCCAAAGAUAAAGGGGACCACUUGUCGUGGCUCGGAGCGUUCAAUCGAGUUCGACAGCGCACAGACAUCGAGGUUAUCAAGGCCAAGAUGCAGACGGGUCACCACAACGCGCAGCCACAGACCAAGUCGAGUGAGACCACACCCGAAGAGAAGUAGUUCGAUAUGAAACGAAUACAUUCGUGUAUAUCUCCAA